AUGGCCACCUGCCUAAUCAAUGAUGAUACCAACCUGGCUACUCCGAACCAAGACAACAGACCCAAGCGUAAGAAACUAAACACCCCCAACUCUAAGUCUGACAGCGAAAGUGACUCAAAUGAUCCACAACUUUGUGUAAUGUGUGAAGUAAACUUUGAUGGAAGUGACUGUAAAUGUAUCAUUUGCGAUAUGUGUGAUCUAUCCUUCUGUCUGCCAUGUUCCAAAAUCCAAAGAGAACUUUAUGAUUGCAUAAUGAAUGAUUCCACUAACUCUGUCAAGGUCUGCAGUAAAAAUUUUCCAAGGUUCUGUGAGAUGAGCAGUAACUUGCGCAAAAUUGAAAAUGACAACAAAGAGAAAUUGAGAUUCAUUGAAGAAAAGAUAGAUAGAGUAGAACAGAGUGUACCCCAGUUGAUAAGUUCAGAAGUUAAGAAAUUGAGAGAGAAAGUCACAUCUGACCUGAAUCAGGAUAUUGAUUCACGUGUAACAAUUCUUGUCCAGCAGCAGAUGGAAGAAAAAGAUGAGCAAAGGAGAAGGGAGAACAAUAUGAUGGUAUUCAACAUUCCAGAAUCAAAUGCUAACAAUCCUGAAUACAGGAAACUAUAUGAUACUGAAAAACUGACUGAAUUUUUAUCUGUUAUAGGUUUAAAAGAUAUCAAAUUGACAACAGUUAUUAGAGUCGGAAAACCAGCUACAAACCACACUAGACCAAUCAAAGUCAUUCUAAACAGCUCAAAAGAACGAAGAGAAAUCUUCAAUGGCUAUCGUAAUAGAAGGGACAUCUUAAGUAAACACAGAUUGUACAACAAUGUGACACUGGCAAGGGACUAUACUCCUAAGCAGUGUGAUGACUAUAAGAAACUAAGAAGUGAAUUAACUAGAAGACUCGAAACUGGAGAAAAUGUCAUGAUCAGAGGCGGAAAGAUUGUGUAUGCAAACUUACGUGAGGCGCGAUCUGCAAGACCCACAGAAGAAGUACAGAAUCCCAUACAACUUCCAAAGCGUAUCAUACCAACUCCAUCCUUGAGUUAUCCCCCUACAACAAGCACACCACUGGCUACCAGAAGUAAAAAUAAACAUCCCAUUAUGCAGGAGAGAAAGAGACUGAUUUCUUACAGUGGGGACCUUAAUAAUGAUUCAGUAAAUACAGAUGAAGAGACUAUGAUAUACAGUGAAAGCUAUAUUAUGGAUGAAGUCUACCAAAAAUGA